AUGGACUCUAAGAAAGGAGUGGUACACUUGAGUGACUCAACCACUAAGGUCACCAAGCGUCCUUCUAUCUUCAGAGGUCUCAUCUUAGCCAUGCUCUCCGGGGUCUGCUUCUCCAUCGUCGUUAUGAUUGUCAAGCACUUGAAAAACCUGCAUCCAGGACAACUUGCUUUGUUCCGGUUUAUCGCGACUUGCACCAUGAACAUACCGGAGACUUACAAAACUGGACAGAACCCUUUGGGCCCCAGAAAACUCCGCUACCUUCUUGUGAUCAGAGGAAUCUCCGGCGGACUGAACCAAUACUGUAAUUUCAUUGCAUUUCGAUAUUUGGAUCUAGCGGAAGCAAAUACUAUAAUCUUCAGUUCACCUGUCUUUAUAAUCAUUUUUGCUAGAAUAUUCUUUAAAGAGCCUUGUAAUGUUUUCCAAGCAAUCGCUGUUAUCUUCACUGUCAUAGGAAUCAUCUUCACAACCAAGUUGCCAUCCCGUUUUACUGGAAUACCUAUUAUUUACAGUCAUGAGAAAAUAUGCGGCGUUAUAACAGCCGUACUCUCUAUCUUUUUCGUAAGUGCAACUAUAUUAAUUACAAGAAAGGUAAAGAGCGUCCCUCAGUCCAUCAUAACCUUCAAUUAUAGUUGGGUAGGAUUUUUGGUAAUUGCGUUUCUUACAUCAAUAUUUGGGAACUUCCGGUGGCAUCAUUGUGGCAUCCAAAGCAUACUUAUCUUAUUGCUUGGAUUAUUUAGUUAUUGUAGUCUUUCACUGGUGGUGAUGGCGCUCCAGUGUGAAUACGCUGGACCAGUGAUCAUCGUGCGAGCUGCGUCUGACAUAGGUCUGGCAUUUUUAUGGCAGAUCUUAAUCUUCAACGAGGUACCAGAUUUGUACACAAUAAUAGGGGCCACUUCAGUCUUAGUUUCCAUUAUACUCGUUAGCUUAGAGUCCCAUGACGUCCAUUUUCAGUGGAUCCCUUCGCAUGUUAACAUUUACAGCAAUGAGCGUGUAGACAGCUUGGCCAAAGAGGGCUGCAGCCACUCUAGUUCUUCCUCUUCAGCCCUCUCCUUUUUAGAACAUCAAUGCAUAGUUAAUGCUGGAUUUCAAGGGAGUGGAAUAUCCCUCCUUGCACAGAGCCGGGCUCUUUGUUUGCUCUCAAUUGUGACAGAUCCUCCCGAACGACAGUAUCCAGAUUGGCAAGCGACCACAUUAAGAAUCUUUCGUUUUUAG